GGCGCGAGUGUCUGUGACGCCAUUUCCGCGCGACUCUUCAUUUUCUUGGAGUUUCCUGGCUCCUCCGCCGGAGCUAUGCCAAAAGUCGUGUCGCGGUCGGUGGUCUGCUCAGACACCCGGGACCGCGAGGAAUAUGAUGAUGGUGAGAAGCCCCUCCAUGUCUACUACUGUUUAUGUGGCCAGAUGGUCCUGGUGCUGGAUUGCCAGUUAGAGAAAUUGCCCAUGAGGCCCCGGGACCGGUCUCGUGUCAUCGAUGCUGCCAAACAUGCUCAUAAGUUUUGUAACACAGAAGAUGAGGAGACUACUUAUCUUCGAAGGCCUGAGGGCAUUGAACGUCAAUACAGGAAAAAGUGUGCAAAGUGUGGAUUGCCGCUCUUCUACCAGUCCCAGCCGAAGAAUGCUCCUGUGACCUUCAUUGUGGAUGGAGCAGUAGUGAAAUUUGGCCAAGGCUUUGGGAAAACCAAUAUAUAUACUCAGAAACAAGAGCCUCCUAAGAAGGUUAUGAUGACCAAAAGGACUAAAGACAUGGGCAAGUUCAGCUCUGUUACUGUGUCUACCAUUGAUGAAGAAGAAGAAGAGAUAGAGGCUAGGGAAGUUGCUGACUCCUAUGCGCAGAAUGCCAAAGUGAUUGAAAAGCAGCUGGAGCGCAAAGGCAUGAGCAAGAGGCGGCUGCAAGAGUUGGCUGAAUUGGAAGCCAAGAAAGCAAAAAUGAAGGGGACCCUGAUCGACAACCAGUUCAAAUAAUCAGGAUCUUUCUGAGUUCAGACUGGAGGCAGCACUUCCAUCAGGAAGAACAGCUUCAAGAUCUCAUGUUCUGGUUUCUGUUUGUCCCAGGAGGUUUUCUGACCAUCCCCAUUGGUUUUCUGACACUGUAUUUCUUUUCUUUCAUUGAAGUCCUUGACUCCA